GAGGUAACAAGGUUCGCUCUUUACUACGAUUUGCACCGUGUAGAGAAGGCAAUAGGGUUGUAGAGGGGGAUUCUGUUUUCGGUAACAGAGAUCCGAAUCCAUUUCUGGGAUUUUUACCGAGUGGAUCAAGCAGCGUUGAGAAGGAGAAGGCCUGCUAAAGUGACAUUAUGCUAAAUAUGUGGAAAGUCAGGGAGCUUGUGGAUAAGGCUACUAAUGUGGUGAUGAACUAUUCAGAGAUAGAGUCUAAGGUUCGAGAAGCCACCAAUGAUGACCCUUGGGGCCCCUCUGGUCAGCUUAUGGGCGAAAUAGCCAAAUCUACCUUUAUGUAUGAGCAAUUCCCUGAGGUGAUGAACAUGCUGUGGACCAGAAUGCUGAAAGACAACAAAAAGAACUGGAGAAGAGUUUACAAGGCCUUACUACUACUAGCGUACCUCAUUAGAAAUGGAUCAGAACGAGUGGUUACGAGUGCCAGAGAACACAUCUAUGACCUGCGCUCUCUGGAAAAUUAUCAUUUUCUAGAUGAAAAUGGGAAAGAUCAAGGUAUCAAUGUACGGCAGAAGGUUAAAGAAAUGGUGGAGUUUGUCCAGGAUGAUGAUAGGUUACGGGAGGAAAGGAAAAAAGCUAAGAAGAACAAAGACAAAUACAUUGGAGUCUCAUCAGAUGGCAUGGGAGGCUUCAAACAAAGUAACUCGGGAGAGCGCUUUGACUCUGAGUCUAAAAGCAAGUGGGAUGAAGACUGGGAGAAAAGCAAAAGUGGAUUUCCUUUUAGUGAAAAGCUUGGCGAGAUCAGCGAUAAGAUCGGCAGCACCAUUGAUGACACAAUUAACAAGUUCCGCAAGAAAGACAGAGAGGACUCUCCUGAUCGAAUCAGUGAUAAUGAGGAGGAUAGAACAUCGCAGAACGGUCGGCCAGCUAAGUCCGAUUUUAAAGAUGAAGACGAGGCGGUAACAUCCAAGAGUGUGCAGGUGAUGCAGGCUGCUGAGACUACCCCUACCGCUAGUACUGCUACACGCAAAAGGGGUGGAAUGCCUUCCAAAACUGUGGAUUUGGGCGCAGCUGCACAUUACACAGGGGACAAGAGCAACCCAGAUGCAGACACUACAAAGACAUCAGGCAGUCAGUCUUCCAGUGGAGGUCUUUCAGAUUUGCUUGUAGUGGACUCCGAAACGACUCAGCCUGCACCUCAAGGUGGGACCUCGGACCUCAUUGCUGACUUUGCAGAUUUUUCCUCCCCAGCUGCUUCUGCUAGUCUCCCUUCAGCUGCUGGACCAGUAUCAACUGGCAAUGGAGAGUUUGGUGACUGGAGCGCCUUCUCAUCUGCUAGUCCACCUGAGUCUACAGCCUCAUGUGCUGUCCCAGAUCUUUUCAGCGAUGCUCCACCCUCCACCCAGCCACCUUCUGCCGAUCUUUUUGACCUGAUGGGCCCCGGUCAAUGCAGUCUGAAUUCCUCACAAAGCAUGACCUUUACUAUGUGCCCUCAGGGCACAGGGUUCACUAUGUCCAGAUCACAGACUCUAGGGGGGCCUGUGCACAGUUUAGCAGGUCCUUUGUUGCCUCAGCAGAUGGGAAUUCAGAAACCAGGUGGAAACGGCUCAAUGCCUGCUACGUGGUCUGACCCCAGCGUCAACAUCAGCUUGGACUUUCUGUCUAUGGGCAUGAACCCUCCUAAACCUUCACAACCUAGCCUCAACUCUAUGAUGCAGCAAGGUGUGCAGCCAUCUGUGAACCUGGUCACACACAACUUUUCUGGAAUGACACUUGACACCCAGCCUCUGCCUGCUAGACCAGCCAUGAACCCAGUAAUGGCAGGUGGGAACGUGGGUGUGGUAAUGGCUCCCACCAUGGCAACAGGUAACAUGGGAAUCGGUUCCAUGGUCAUAGGUGGAAUGCCUGCCAAUCAGAGUUUAAUUGGCAUGAACAUGGCAUCUGCUAGUUUUGGCCUCCCAAGUACCCUUGGCAUGUCUAGCAUGAGCAUGGAUCAGGGCAUGAGCUCUGCCAUGCUGCAACCCAAACCACAGGCCUUCCAGAACUUUGGCAGUUUUGGACAAUGAAAAACAGCACUGAAAAGAAAAUGGUGCAAAAAUAUCUUCUUAAUUAAAAGAAGGAGCUGCAUCCAGUAAAAUGGACAAAACUGAUGAAACUAGCCAUUGUCUGGACCCUUCAAUCAUUUAAUAUCAGCUGUUAACAGAUGUUUGGGGUGUGUGCAAAAUCUGUUUGUUUUUUUUGUUUGUUUUUUUGGAGUGAGAGUUGGUUGAUUAAGGGAGGAGUGCAUUUUUUUACUUUUUCUUUUUUUUUUUCUUUUCUUAAAUAUAAGUUACACUAAACUCUUUUAUGGUCUGGCAUGUUUGCCGAUGGCUGAUUAAAUGCAAAGGUCACUUUUA